GGAAAAAAGUGCUGCAGGUUGACACGUGAAGGUGAGUGACGAUUCCUGGGCACGAUGACGCACGGGGAGUGAUGCUGAACGGGAGCGAGGUGCUGUGAGGAUGUUAGGUUGCAUGACGGUGCGAUUGGUGGUGGUGGGGCUGGUGGUGAGGGGUGGGAGGAUGAUGAGGAUGAUGAUGGGCAUCAUCAUCCUCAUCAUCAUCUGAGAGAAAGCGCGGAGUACCUGAAGCUUGCGCGCGCGGGUGCGCGGCCGCAGACUCGAGCGCUCCGUCCGCGGUGAGCGCACUUGGCUCUCCUAUCCUCUGUCCGCCUCAGAGCGCAGCGCCGCCGCCACAGCUCCGCCAAAUGUGCCGGGAAACGCGUCGGAACGCAAGGAGCAAAAGUUAGGCCACCAGAUGCUGUCUCUGCCUGCUGAAGCUGCGCCCGACAGGAGCAACCUAAAGGAUGGAUACUGCUCAGAGUUUUGCCCCAAAAGCUGGCCUCUUUUUGCAGCUUUUAAUACAACAGACUUGAUACCGAGGUUCACGAGAGCCUGCAAAGUGCCCCCAUCAGUCUAUCUUUCAUGUUAUUUUAACAGUAUUUUUUUAUCAGCUGAAUACCAUCAGUGGCGACAUCUCUAACAUUUUCCAGAUGGAUUGCCUACUUUCAGCACAGUAGGUUUCAUUUGCAUAUUUCCUACUUUUCUCUCCCUGUACUAAUGCAAGCAUCUUGAUGCAUUGCCAAUGUAAUAGAGCAUUUGCUCGAGGACCCAUCGCUCAAAUUACGUUCUGACAGGACAGACUUAAUGUGAUCAUUUCUCUGAUUGCUUUUAUGAGACUACCCUGAUGUCCCUCUCUCGUCCGGAGCUUAACCAGGUGCGCGUUUGAGCCCACCUCUCCUGCACAGGACAGUCAAGUAUCGGGGCAGAACUGGUGCUGAUGGUUCCUGUUCUGGACAACAUGACCCCUUCGUCUGUAACACAGAACUGCUCCAACUGCAGCCAAGUUUUGGCCCCAGAGCUCAACACGGUCAAAGCUGUGGUUUUGGGCAUGGUUCUGGGUGUCUUCAUCCUGUUUGGUGUCAUUGGGAACAUCCUGGUGAUCCUCUCUGUGGUUUGUCAUCGACACCUGCGGACUGUCACGUACUAUUUCAUUGUGAAUCUGGCUGUGGCAGACUUGCUGCUGAGUUCCACUGUGCUACCCUUCUCUGCUAUCUUUGAGAUCCUGGAUCGCUGGGUGUUCGGACGGGUUUUCUGUAACAUCUGGGCAGCUGUGGAUGUGCUCUGCUGCACCGCCUCCAUCAUGAGCCUCUGUGUGAUCUCCGUGGACCGCUACAUCGGAGUCAGCUACCCCUUGCGUUAUCCGGCCAUCGUGACUAAACGCAGGGCCCUGUUGGCCGUGAUGCUGCUGUGGGUGCUUUCCAUCAUCAUUUCCAUCGGACCUUUGUUUGGCUGGAAAGAGCCGGCGCCAGAGGACGAAACCGUCUGCAAGAUCACAGAGGAACCGGGAUACGCCAUCUUCUCAGCAGUGGGCUCCUUCUACCUCCCUCUAGCCAUCAUACUCGUCAUGUACUGUCGAGUUUACGUGGUAGCUCACAAAGAGAGCCAGGGCCUAAAGGAAGGGCAAAAGACAGAAAAGUCUGACUCAGAGCAGGUGAUACUGAGGAUGCACCGCGGAAACACGACCGUGUCAGAGGACGAGGCGCUUCGCAGCCGCACGCAUUUCGCCCUGCGACUGCUCAAGUUCUCACGGGAGAAGAAGGCGGCCAAGACUUUGGGGAUUGUGGUUGGUUGCUUUGUGCUGUGCUGGCUGCCAUUUUUCUUGGUGCUACCAAUUGGCUCCAUUUUUCCCGCUUAUAGACCCUCAGACACUGUCUUCAAGAUCACUUUCUGGCUCGGUUACUUCAACAGCUGCAUCAACCCCAUCAUCUACCCAUGCUCCAACCAGGAGUUUAAAAAAGCUUUCCAGAGUUUACUCGGAGUUCACUGUUUGAGGAUGACUCCCAGAGCACACCACCACCAUCUGAGUGUGGGUCAAGGCCAAGCCCAAGGCCACAGCCUCACUAUCAGCCUGGACAGCAAAGGAGCUCCCUGCAGACUCAGCCCGUCCUCCUCCGUCGCUCUGUCCAGAACGCCUUCCUCCAGGGACAGCAGGGAAUGGAGGGUCUUUUCUGGAGGCCCCAUCAACAGCGGGCCUGGACCGACCAAAGCGGGCCGAGCUAAAGUGGCCAAACUCUGCAAUAAAAGCCUCCACAGAACCUGCUGCUGCAUCCUCCGAGCUAGGACUCCCACACAGGAACCAACUCCUCUCGGAGACCUUCCUACUAUUAAAAUUCACCAGCUGUCCCUGUCGGAAAAAGGAGAACCUGUUUAACCACUUUGAUCAUUCAAGCAUGAGUGGCUCUUCUGUGGAGGUCAAGGAUGAGAAUGUGUUUCAUUUUUGCUCUGAUGGAUUCAUGGCUUCUUUUUUAUAUAUAUAUAUAUUUGAGCUGUGCUACAAUUCUGUGGAGCCGAAGCUCAAAAAUAAUAAGUGUUUAUGCAGUUUUUGUUCAGAUUUUUUAAAGUGCAGCAAAAAGUUAAAGUUCCCCUGUGUGGUGGACUCAACUCAGUCGAAAAUAAUCUAAAUGUUUACAUUUUUCACAAUGCAUAAACUGACAAACAAGUGUGCGUAAGAAUGUUUUUAUUUAUUGUACGAUCGCACAAAUUGCUGAUUUGUUUACUCUAAAGAUUGCCACAAGCUGUUCCUAUUGUGUGAAUGUAAAACCCAGGAGACCCUGCAUACUUCUGUGUUGCUUAUAUAUUUGUAUGCCGUAUUCCCAAGAAAAAAAAACAUUUGGGGGACA